AUGUUCCGCGCUCGGCCAAACUCGUCCGUCCGACUGAAGUCUCGGCCAAAGUCCAAAACCACUCGGCCGAUCACGCAUCACGACCCGGGAAACUCAAGCCCGCGGUCGGCCAGCCACACCGCCACGCCACCGCGCACGACCAAAGCGCGCGAGCCGGGAAGUAAGCCUCGCGGCCGCGCAACUCGCUUCGCGUACCGCGCACGAACGCUCCGUCCGACCCGGGAGAACGUCCCGCGUCCGGCCGAGAGAUUUCAUCGGCCAAACAUCAUCCGCUCGACCACGCCGACCGACCGUGAAUCCGUCCGACCCCGACCGUUCCGACUCGGCCACGACCCGAUUGUCCGGCCGAUCGUCCCGCACGACCGUCCCAACGCCGCGGUCGACCCGAAGCCCUUUUGA